CUUUAAUCAAUUAUAAAAGUAUACUAUAAAGAAUCCAGAUUAUCACUACCUAAACUCUCCUGCAUUUACUUCCAUACAGUAAACAAACUGUUAAUCUUUCUCUUUCUCACUUUGUCUUUUUCAGCCAAAAUUCAAAGAUCAUCAUCUCAAUCCUUUAAGAUUAUAUAUACCCUUCUUCACUUCAUCUCACUUGUUCAAUCAUUCCAGUGCUCUCACAUUUCAACCCCUUCUUCUUCCUUUCUCUGCCCCUUCAACAAGGAAAUUGGUUAGUGCACAUACAGAAAACACAACUUCAAAAUCUCAGAGGAAGAGUUUGAAUAUGCUGUCUAAAGAUUCCAACUUUGGGAGGCCUUUGGUGGAAGAGUACACAUUUCCUGAAAAUUCUGUUCCCUUCAACAAUUGCCAUGCUUCCACCAUUGUUGAGGUUGAUAAAGAUCAUUUUUUGGUUGCCUAUUUUGGGGGUACUAAAGAGGGGGAACCUGAUGUGAAAAUCUGGGUACAAACAUACAAGAAUGGCUGUUGGGAACCACCUGUUAUAGCUGAUGAAGAACAUGAUGUUCCAAUGUGGAAUCCUGUUCUAUUCAAACUUCCAUCAGAUGAGCUGCUAUUGUUCUAUAAAGUAGGACAAGAGGUUCAAAAAUGGAGUGGAUGCAUGAAACGGUCAUAUGAUAAAGGUAUAAGCUGGUCAGAAAGAGAGCAACUUCCUUCUGGAAUAUUGGGACCAAUAAAAAACAAGCCAAUCUUGCUCGAAAAUGGACAAUUGCUCUGUGGAUCCUCUGUUGAAAGUUGGAAUUCUUGGGGAUCAUGGGUGGAGGUCACCGUCGAUGCAGGUAGAUCAUGGAGAAAGUAUGGCCCUAUUUACAUUCAAAAUGAAACUCUCAGUGUGAUUCAGCCUGUUCCUUACAUGACUUCAAGAGGGAGCUUGCGUGUUUUAAUGCGAUCGUUUGAUCAUAUCGGUAGAGUGUGUGUCUCAGAAUCCCAUGAUGGCGGAUACAACUGGGGUUUCGCUCAACCAACUGAUCUCCCAAAUCCAAACUCAGGCAUUGAUGGAGUGAAGCUGAGAAAUGGCCAAUUAUUACUUGUUUACAAUACAAUCUCAAGGGGAGUUCUUAAAGUUGCUGUAUCUGAUGAUGAUGGCGACUCGUGGCACGAAGCUUUGACAUUGGAAGAGAAUCUGUUGAUGGAGUUCUCAUAUCCAGCUGUUAUUCAAGCUAGUGAUGAUUCUAUCCACAUAACAUACACAUACAAUAGGACACAAAUCAAGCAUGUUGUCCUUAAACAACCUUAAUUCAGUUGAGAAUGAACAAAAUCACAAGCCAUGUUCAUGUUCUGUCCCUAUUAUUAUUAUUAUUAGGGAUUCGUUUGGUAAGUCGUAUAAGAGUUGUAUCGUAGCAAAUAAUAAGUAGCACUAUGUAUGGAAUUUUUUUUAUAUUGUAUUAAUUAUUAUGACCAUAAAUUUUAAUACAAUGCAACUUGUAUUAUUUAAUAUAUAACAAAUGAUUCAUAUUA